CAUAAAUUAGUAUCUCUUCAACGAUCAACCAUGAAGGCUGCUUGCACGGGGAACCACCGAACGUACCUUCUGCUUUUUAGUACCGUCAUCAAUGCGCUUUCGCUCGGACUGAAGUCAUGCCACGCUGUGCCCAUUGUCGGCGGACGGAUUGUGUCAACCGUGGGCAGCACCAGCAAAUAUCCGUUUAUGGUCUCCUUGCAAGAUGUGAUAGUGGGGAAUGAAACUGAGAGAACUACCUAUCGACACUUUUGUGGUGGCAGCCUCAUAAGUGACCAAUGGAUCCUGUCGGCCGCACACUGUGUAUGGAGAAAGAACAUAAAUACCAUUUUUGCGUUUAUCGGCAAUGAGAACAUUGAAAAUGUUGAUCUGCUGGAACCAUAUGGUCUGGAAAGUGCCGAGUAUAUCUACUUUCAGCCAUCCAACUUCAGGAAUGAUAUUGUUCUGCUCUAUAUGAGACGUCGUUAUAGAAGUGCUUUAGGCAAGGAACUGCAAUUUGCCCAGCUUCCACCUCAGGGAAUGAAACCAGAUAGGAAUGAAUCAUGUCGAAUUAUUGGUUAUGGCGCCACACAGCAUGCAGGCCCAUGUCAGAAGGAACUUUCUGAAGCCGAGGUUCGGGUGAUAGGAAAUAAGGAAUGUCGCAAUAUCAUAGGACACAUCUGGGCUCCACAAAAUGGGGCAAACACUGUGUGUGCAAUGGGCACUGGGCAUCAGGACUCUUGCCAGGGCGACUCUGGGGGUCCUCUAAUCUGUCCAUACGGCGGCAGAGACUACAUCUACGGACUCGUUUCACAUGGUCUCACCUGCGGCAUCAAGGGAAUGCCCAGCAUCUAUACGGUGACCCGACCCUACCACGACUGGGUGCAGCUACUGCUACAUCAGUCGUAGAUCUCUGGAUGUGACUUGUAUAUAA